AUGAUUGAAGAAUUGGAAGCGUACGCGAAGGAGAGCAAAGUGGAUGAUUUAUUCCGGGAUAUGAUGACUGGGUGUUUCAAGAAACGACCGAGCGCGCCGGUGACGUACAUCUUGGAGUACCUCGCGAGCGAGUACCCAGAGGAGAGUUUGACGCACGCGCGCGCGUUCGUAGACUUGAAGGAUGGGAUCACGAGCGCGAACGUGGCGGUGGACGAAGACGAAGACGGCGCGCACGAUGUUGUCGUUGAAGAUAUCGAUGAAAAACAUGAGAUCGUCGAGGCGCCGCUGACGUCACCCAAGGACGUCCCCGCGAAGGCGACCGACGUCGUCGCGGAGGCGAUCGAGGACGUGGCCGUUGAGGGCGAGAUAUUACCGGACGAAGCACAACAUCUCAUGGCGCCAGAGGAGGGCGCACACGUCGACGUCGUCGUCGAUAAGCCCGAUGAGCGCGUCGAGGAGUGCGAAAGUGUCGCCGAAGAGCCCGUCGACGCGGACGCAGGUGAGGAAGAGCAAAAAGAAGAACCACCCGUCGUGACGCCCGCGAGUGAGGAAGCUGUCGAAUCGAUUACGAAUGCGGAGAACGUGGAGGAUGCACCAAACUAA